AUGGCCUCAAGCAAUUGCUCCUUACCUCCACCUCCUAUUUUUUCUGGUGAAAACUACCAGAUAUGGGCUGUCAAAAUGAAGACUUAUUUGAGUGCUUUUGAUUUGUGGAAAGUGGUGGAAAAUGAGAAGGAACCACCACAACUUCCUGCAAAUCCAACAGUAACUCAAAUGAAAAAUUAUAGUGAAGAAAAGGCAAAGAGGUAUAAAGCUAAAAGCUGUAUUGAGUUUUCAGUUUCUGAUGACAUAUUCAUUAGAAUCAUGACUUGUGAAACUGCAAAACAAGCUUGGGAUGUGCUCAAGGAAGAGUUUCAAGGCAGUGACAAGACAAGACAAAUGCAAGUGUUGAAUCUUAGAAGAGAGUUUGAAGUCUUAAAGAUGAAGGAGUUUAAAAAUUUAAAGGAGUACAAUGACAGACUCAUGAAGAUAGUAAACAAGAUUAGAUUACUUGGUGAGGAGCUGUCAGACAAAAGAAUUGUAGAGAAAGUUCUUGUCAGCUUACCAGAGAGGUUUGAGUCAAAAAUCUCAUCCCUUGAAGACUCUAACGACCUGACCAAGAUAACUCUAGCAGAAUUAUUCAAUGCUCUACAAGCUCAAGAGCAAAGAAGGGCUAUCAGACAAGAGGAUUCAACAGAAGGUGCUUUUACAGCCAAGAAGAAAGGCAAGAUGCAAACAGAAAGUAAAGGCAGAAAAUAA